AUGGCGACGGUGUGGAAUCGCGUGCAGCGCAUGUGGCGGGACCGGUGGCUGGGGCUCAUUCUCGGGAUGUGGCUGCAGGCGUGCGGGGGGAUCUCCUACGCGUUCUCGUUAUACUCCGCCGCGUUAAAAGACAAGCUACAGUACUCGCAGGAAGCCGUGGACGGCUUAGGGACCGCAAAGGACAUUGGCGGGAACGUGGGGAUUGUAUCGGCGCUCUCCUUCUCUCGCUUUCUGCCCCUAUCCCCCCUCCUCCUCGUCCCCGCUUCCAUCCCUCUCCCUGUUCCAUCCCCCUCCUCCUUUCACUCCCCUUCCCCCGCUAAAUACCUAUCCGGGUCUCAGUUCCUCACCACCUCCCUAUUCCGCCCUUUCAACCCUCGCCCCCCUCUCUCCCUCCCGCCACCAAUCACCGCGUGCCAGCUGUACAUGGCGUCGAUGGGGAUCACCCGCCCUCCAUUCUGGCAGAUGUGUGCAUUCAUCAUGCUGGGAACCAAUGGAGCCACGUGGUUUAACACGGCCGUGCUCGUCACGUGCAUUCGCAACUUUGAGGGCGACAGGGGCGUGGUGGUGGGGCUGCUCAAGGGGUUCAUAGGGCUAAGCGGAGCUAUCUUCACGCAGGUCGGGGAAGGGAAGGCUGUGCCGGGUGUUGGCUGUGCCGGGUGUUGGCUGUGCCGGGUGUUGGCUGUGCCGGGUGUUGGCUGUGCCGGGUGUUGGCUGUGCCGGGUGUUGGCUGUGCCGGGUGUUGGCUGUGCCGGGUGUUGGCUGUGCCGGGUGUUGGCUGUGCCGGGUGUUGGCUGUGCCGGGUGUUGGCUGUGCCGGGUGUUGGCUGUGCCGGGUGUUGGCUGUGCCGGGUGUUGGCUGUGCCGGGUGUUGGCUGUGCCGGGUGUUGGCUGUGCCGGGUGUUGGCUGUGCCGGGUGUUGGCUGUGCCGGGUGUUGGCUGUGCCGGGUGUUGGCUGUGCCGGGUGUUGGCUGUGCCGGUGUUGGCUGUGCCGGGUGUUGGCUGUGCCGGGUGUUGGCUGUGCCGGGUGUUGGCUGUGCCGGGUGUUGGCUGUGCCGGGUGUUGGCUGUGCCGGGUGUUGGCUGUGCCGGGUGUUGGCUGUGCCGGGUGUUGGCUGUGCCGGGUGUUGGCUGUGCCGGGUGUUGGCUGUGCCGGGUGUUGGCUGUGCCGGGUGUUGGCUGUGCCGGGUGUUGGCUGUGCCGGGUGUUGGCUGUGCCGGGUGUUGGCUGUGCCGGGUGUUGGCUGUGCCGGGUGUUGGCUGUGCCGGGUGUUGGCUGUGCCGGGUGUUGGCUGUGCCGGGUGUUGGCUGUGCCGGGUGUUGGCUGUGCCGGGUGUUGGCUGUGCCGGGUGUUGGCUGUGCCGGGUGUUGGCUGUGCCGGGUGUUGGCUGUGCCGGGUGUUGGCUGUGCCUGGUGUUGGCUGUGCCUGGUGUUGGCUGUGCCGGGUGUUGGCUGUGCCGGGUGUUGGCUGUGCCGGGUGUUGGCUGUGCCGGGUGUUGGCUGUGCCGGGUGUUGGCUGUGCCGGGUGUUGGCUGUGCCGGGUGUUGGCUGUGCCGGGUGUUGGCUGUGCCGGGUGUUGGCUGUGCCGGGUGUUGGCUGUGCCGGGUGUUGGCUGUGCCGGCUGGGUGUUGCUGUGCCUGGUGUUGGCUGUGCCUGGUGUUGGCUGUGCCGGGUGUUGGCUGUGCCGGGUGUUGGCUGUGCCGGGUGUUGGCUGUGCCGGGUGUUGGCUGUGCCGGGUGUUGGCUGUGCCGGGUGUUGGCUGUGCCGGGUGUUGGCUGUGCCGGGUGUUGGCUGUGCCGGGUGUUGGCUGUGCCGGGUGUUGGCUGUGCCGGGUGUUGGCUGUGCCGGGUGUUGGCUGUGCCGGGUGUUGGCUGUGCCGGGUGUUGGCUGUGCCGGGUGUUGGCUGUGCCGGGUGUUGGCUGUGCCGGGUGUUGGCUGUGCCGGGUGUUGGCUGUGCCGGGUGUUGGCUGUGCCGGGUGUUGGCUGUGCCGGGUGUUGGCUGUGCCGGGUGUUGGCUGUGCCGGGUGUUGGCUGUGCCGGGUGUUGGCUGUGCCGUGGCUGUGCCGGGUGUUGGCUGUGCCGGGUGUUGGCUGUGCCGGGUGUUGGCUGUGCCGGGUGUUGGCUGUGCCGGGUGUUGGCUGUGCCGGGUGUUGGCUGUGCCGGGUGUUGGCUGUGCCGGGUGUUGGCUGUGCCGGGUGUUGGCUGUGCCGGGUGUUGGCUGUGCCGGGUGUUGGCUGUGCCGGGUGUUGGCUGUGCCGGGUGUUGGCUGUGCCGGGUGUUGGCUGUGCCGGGUGUUGGCUGUGCCGGGUGUUGGCUGUGCCGGGUGUUGGCUGUGCCGGGUGUUGGCUGUGCCGGGUGUUGGCUGUGCCGGGUGUUGGCUGUGCCGGGUGUUGGCUGUGCCGGGUGUUGGCUGUGCCGGGUGUUGGCUGUGCCGGGUGUUGGCUGUGCCGGGUGUUGGCUGUGCCGGGUGUUGGCUGUGCCGGGUGUUGGCUGUGCCGGGUGUUGGCUGUGCCGGGUGUUGGCUGUGCCGGGUGUUGGCUGUGCCGGGUGUUGGCUGUGCCGGGUGUUGGCUGUGCCGGGUGUUGGCUGUGCCGGGUGUUGGCUGUGCCGGGUGUUGGCUGUGCCGGGUGUUGGCUGUGCCGGGUGUUGGCUGUGCCGGGUGUUGGCUGUGCCGGGUGUUGGCUGUGCCGGGUGUUGGCUGUGCCGGGUGUUGGCUGUGCCGGGUGUUGGCUGUGCCGGGUGUUGGCUGUGCCUGGUGUUGGCUGUGCCUGGUGUUGGCUGUGCCGGGUGUUGGCUGUGCCGGGUGUUGGCUGUGCCGGGUGUUGGCUGUGCCGGGUGUUGGCUGUGCCGGGUGUUGGCUGUGCCGGGUGUUGGCUGUGCCGGGUGUUGGCUGUGCCGGGUGUUGGCUGUGCCGGGUGUUGGCUGUGCCGGGUGUUGGCUGUGCCGGGUGUUGGCUGUGCCGGGUGUUGGCUGUGCCUGGUGUUGGCUGUGCCUGGUGUUGGCUGUGCCGGGUGUUGGCUGUGCCGGGUGUUGGCUGUGCCGGGUGUUGGCUGUGCCGGGUGUUGGCUGUGCCGGGUGUUGGCUGUGCCGGGUGUUGGCUGUGCCGGGUGUUGGCUGUGCCGGGUGUUGGCUGUGCCGGGUGUUGGCUGUGCCGGGUGUUGGCUGUGCCUGGUGUUGGCUGUGCCUGGUGUUGGCUGUGCCGGGUGUUGGCUGUGCCGGGUGUUGGCUGUGCCGGGUGUUGGCUGUGCCGGGUGUUGGCUGUGCCGGGUGUUGGCUGUGCCGGGUGUUGGCUGUGCCGGGUGUUGGCUGUGCCGGGUGUUGGCUGUGCCGGGUGUUGGCUGUGCCGGGUGUUGGCUGUGCCGGGUGUUGGCUGUGCCGGGUGUUGGCUGUGCCGGGUGUUGGCUGUGCCGGGUGUUGGCUGUGCCGGGUGGUGGCUGUGCCGGGUGUUGGCUGUGCCGGGUGUUGGCUGUGCCGGGUGUUGGCUGUGCCGGGUGGUGGCUGUGCCUUGCGUUGCUGCCUCUCGUCCGUCCCUCGUCAUCCCGAUCUCCCUCCGUGCUUUCCUCUCCCUCCGUGCUUUCCUCUCCCAGCCGGCCACCCCAACCCCUCCCUCUCUACUCCGCUCUCUACGCACCUCACACGGCGCCCUUUCUGCUGCUCUGUGCGCUGCUGCCGCCACUAGUGGCGCUGCUGGCGAUGGCAGUCAUUCGCCCCAUGAACCCUCACCUGCUCGCCGCUGCAAAGAGAGACACCGGUGACAACAGCCGCUUUCGCUUCCUCUACGUGGUGGGAGUGGGCCUAGCGCUCUACCUCAUGCUCGCAAUGACGCUGCAGGAGACCCUAUCCCUCUCUCGCCCCUAUCGCCUUGUUUCCAUGGCUGGAAUGGUGCUGCUGCUCGCCCUCCCCAUCUCCCUCCCGUGGGUCAAAGCAGGGAGCCCCAUGGCCUCCAAGCUACCUCUCCAUUCGCAACACGAGUACCACGACCAACUCUCCUCUGCCACCUCCUCCUUUACCUUCAAGCCCGGUGCGGGGCGUGCGAAUGAGCGGGCUGGUUCUGACAUGCCGCAUACAUUCGAUACAAGCACACCUGCUUCCGACAGGAGUGCAGGGUGGGCGAGUGAGAGAGUGGGUAGCCCAAGGGAGCGCGGGGGAGGAGGCUUGGGGCAGGCAGGCAGCAGCAGCGCGGUGGGAAGUGCCUUGGCAGGUGGUGUGGGGGGGACUGACAGUGGCAUUGGUGGGUGUGGGGAGGGCGGGAGGGAUGGGAAGAGCAUGGAGGGUGAGAGUAGGAGCAGCGGUGGUGGGGGAGUGCUGGAGGUGGGAAGGGGACAUCGAGUGAGUGCUCUUCGUGUGGGCAUGGAUCACACCCUGCUGCAGGCUGCUGUCACUCCCGAGUACUGGCAGGAUGUGCUUCUGUGGUACCCGGCGCUGAGGCAUGUGUUAAGUGGAUGCUCACUCGAUUAUGUCAUAUGGGCGCGGGGAGGAGGGGAGGAAGGGAGGGGAGGCGGGGAGGAGAGGAGGAGGGGAAGAGGGAAGGGCGGGGGGGGAAUGGGGGGAGGAGGGGAGGGGGGGGGGGGAGGGGUGGAGGGAGGGGAGGGGAGGGGUGGAUUGGGGAGCAGGAUAGCGGGGGAGAAGGGGAGCGGGGGAGCAGGGGAGUGGGGGAAGGGGGGGAGGGGAGGAAUGGAAGAGGGGGGGAGGGGAGGAUGGGUGGCAGGGCCCCUUUCCUCCUAUCCAUCUCAAACCCCUUCUCCACCUCCCAACCACUGCACCUCAAAAGUUCCUCCAUGCUUCCUUCCCUCCCCCUCUCUCAACCGCUCUUCCCCCUUCCCACUCGUCGCAACCAGGCUGCUGUUCUUUGCCAUGGGCUGUGGCACGGGGUCAGGGCUCACUGCCAUCAACAACCUGGCGCAGGUAAGUGUGGGGAUGGGUUCGGGGGCAAGGAAAGGAGCGGAAGAGGGAGAUAGUGAGGGGUGUGGGGGGAGGGAACGAUGGGAGGCAUGGGGUGCAGCACAGGACCCGGGCUCACUGCCAUCAGCAACCUGGCGCAGUGAAGGAGGGAAGAGGGGAGGGGUCAGAUGGGAUGGGAGGGGGGUACAGGUGGCGGAGUCCCUGGGCUCUGCGAGUGUGGGCGCCCUGGUUGCUCUUGUACGUGUAGGAGCAGUGCUUAAAGCGCUGGAGCACACCUCGCCCUCUCUGCAUGCUGCUAGGGAGGUGGUGUUCAAAUCACUAAAACAACUCCCUCCUCUUCCGCCCUACCUUCCCCCCCACCUUACCACCCUCAUCCCUCCCCCCCCUUUCACCCAGCUACGUGUCGGAGCAGUGUUUAAAGCGCUGGUGCACGCCGCGGCCCCUCUGCAUGCUGCUCGUGCAGGCCACGAUGGGGUGCGCGCACCUGCUGUUCAGCAUUGGGGUGCUGUGUGGUCAGUGCUGUGUGGUCAGUGCUGUGUGGUCAGUGCUGUGUGGUCAGUGCUGUGUGGUCAGUGCUGUGUGGUCAGUGCUGUGUGGUCAGUGCUGUGUGGUCAGUGCUGUGUGGUCAGUGCUGUGUGGUCAGUGCUGUGUGGUCAGUGCUGUGUGGUCAGUGCUGUGUGGUCAGUGCUGUGUGGUCAGUGCUGUGUGGUCAGUGCUGUGUGGUCAGUGCUGUGUGGUCAGUGCUGUGUGGUCAGUGCUGUGUGGUCAGUGCUGUGUGGUCAGUGCUGUGUGGUCAGUGCUGUGUGGUCAGUGCUGUGUGGUCAGUGCUGUGUGGUCAGUGCUGUGUGGUCAGUGCUGUGUGGUCAGUGCUGUGUGGUCAGUGCUGUGUGGUCAGUGCUGUGUGGUCAGUGCUGUGUGGUCAGUGCUGUGUGGUCAGUGCUGUGUGGUCAGUGCUGUGUGGUCAGUGCUGUGUGGUCAGUGCUGUGUGGUCAGUGCUGUGUGGUCAGUGCUGUGUGGUCAGUGCUGUGUGGUCAGUGCUGUGUGGUCAGUGCUGUGUGGUCAGUGCUGUGUGGUCAGUGCUGUGUGGUCAGUGCUGUGUGGUCAGUGCUGUGUGGUCAGUGCUGUGUGGUCAGUGCUGUGUGGUCAGUGCUGUGUGGUCAGUGCUGUGUGGUCAGUGCUGUGUGGUCAGUGCUUCUGCAGGCAGCAUGGGGUGCCCACCUCAUCUUCAGCAUCAGAGACCCUCUGCUGCUCUACCCGGCAGCAGCGCUGGUGGGGGCGGCACAUGGGGCGCACUGGACUCUCAUGGUCACCACUGCGUCUGAGCUCUUUGGGCUGAAACACUUCGGAGCAUUGUACAAUACACUCAGCAUAUCAUCCACAGUCGGCUCCUACUGCCUCUCGGUCAAGCUCGCUGGCUACAUCUACGACCGUCAAUCUGCGAUCCAACGAUCAGCCUUGCUCCACCUGCAAGGCCUCUCCUCGUCCGCCUCUCCCUCCCUCUCUCCACCCACAACCGCCACCAUUGCAAACUGGGGAGCUGAGGCAGAUGCAGCGAGUCAACAGGGGGCAGCACAGGCACAGCUACAGCUGGAGGCAUCAGAGCUGCCCCACCGGUGCAUGGGCCCAGACUGCUUCCGCCUCACCUUCCUCGUGAUGGCACUCGUGUGCGUCGCUGGAAUAUGUGCUCUUCUCAACCUGGUGGCUCGCACGAGACGGCUGUACCAGGUGAGGGGUGGCGAGUGA